AUGGAGGAGGCGUCCACGUUGCCUGUAAGCGUCGGGGCCGCGACGCACGUGACGACGCCGUUUCCCGUUGGCUUUAUGCCCAUCACCCCAGAUGAGCUGUCGUCUCUUCUCGCUUCAGCGCGAGGCAGCAACGUGAACACACAGCCGCCCCCUAGUGCCUCAAAGGACAUCAAGAGGGCCAUGGAAAAGGUUCAGCCAUUCCACCCAGUGCACUUGAGGGGCUUUCUCCAGGGCUAUUUGUCCGGCCGCGCGCAUGUCGCAGAGGAGGCUCUUUCCAACAUUCGCCAACUGUCCGUGAGCGCCAACUGCGACUGGCUGUACCAGUGUCAGUUACACGCUCUGCGGCUGCUGCUAUCCGAAUUGGAGUCGCGUGGCGGCGGUGUAGUGCCCAAGAUGAGGCCCGGGGAUUUGCCGCUACUCUCCCAACUGCGCCGAGGCCUUGCGGAGUACCAAGGCAAGGCGCCGUGCAUCACCGUCAGCAACUGUCACUUUCUCUUUGUGGGCGACGCCAAUGCGGAGAGCCAAGGUAAAGGCAAACGUGAGUUUUACGCAAAGGUUUCAGUGCAAAAUGAAGGUGGCUCUAGCUGUGACGUUAGGGUGAGUGAGGUGCACACGUUUAUUGAUGGUCAGGCGGUUCCUGGCGACUACCUCGGCUGCGCACGUCUGGAGGAGCGCACACUUCGCCGUGGCGAGGCCACCACGUUUCACCUGGCCUUGAAGCCAAUUCCACGUCGUUGUCUGUCGGUGUUUGAGGCGGUCGUUGUGCUUAGUGUUGACACGUAUGUGAAGGUGUUUGUGACGUUUACCGUCGUGUCACAAAAGCAGAAACCAUUUGGUACAGGCUUUCCCCAGUGCCUCGCCAUCACAGUACAAGAUUCACCUGUCGGCGUUUACACCUGCCCCCUCAUUUUGCAGUUACUAAAGCAUCAGUUUAUUCGUCAACAGGGACUUGCAAGCAAAACCGUAGCUCGCCUGUUGGUUGGGAAGUCUGGGAAUUUCGCCGCUCAAAACCGUGAAGUCAUGCGGGAGGCGACACGUGUGAAGGAAAUAUUGGAGGAGGAUCUAGACUUUGCCGAGGUGCUGGCAACUUAUCGGUCCUCGUUACCGCAACAUAGCUGGGGAAGCGGAGAGCUGCCGUACUCUUCCGCACAGCCUGCGGGAUAUCUUCCCGGUGGUGUGUUGCCGACGGCCGUUGCCGCCGUUAGCAGCAUGUCAUGCUUCCCAAACGCUGCGACGCGGCUUCCCGCAGCUCUCACGAGCGCCCAACCCGAUGUUUUGAUGGGCCUGAUAUUGAUAUGGUUAGCUGAAUUAGAAGUGACCAUGUUUGAAGCCUCAUUGUUCGCCCAUGAGCCGAUGACUUACUUGGGAAUGGUUCCUCCGCAUUUGCGUGGCGUGAUCUUUUGGAUUGUCGAUCUCUGCGGGGGCCUGCUUCUUCACCAGAGCGUGAACGGGGUGUCGGUGCGGCACCUGGCACUGACCUUUGCUGCGGUGUUGAUGCGCAAAAAACGCUUGACGGAGGAGGGCAAAAGUGACAGCGUAUUCACGGAGACGGCUCUUGGACAGGGCGUGGGAAACCCUCGGGCUGACGCCAUACUUGCAGACGUCGCGCUUCAUCAGGCCGCCGUCAACGCAUUUGUGCACUGGAUUGCCGUCUACAGUGCCUCUUACAGGAAGUACUCUUCGCAGUGA